AUGCUUAUGAAUCAUCAGCACAUUGGUUUGAUACAUUCUUACUACUUUGGCUCAGUUGGUGCGAAAGAGACAAGCCUAAACAAGCAUCCGGUUCAGAUGGCCAUCUUCAAAGCCCUAGAAUCAUCCGGAAUAGAGCGAGGCAAGUUUAAAGAAACAGCAUUAAAGUCUCAUGAAAUGGAAAAUGCUCUUGGUAAAGUUACUACAAACAUGAAAAACAUGUGGAGCACGCCAAAAAUCUUCUAUGGUUUGAUGAACAGCUUGCUGGAUGUUUUGUUACGAGUACAUUUGACGCCUAACCGAGAGGCCAAAUACAGAAGCUAUGUCCAGAAAAAAGCAUAA